AUGCCGAACAGCGUACUGUUGAGUGUUAGGGGGAUCAUGGUUGACCGGCUAUUCGCAACCCUAACUGAGUAUACGGAAAAGAACAGUGGAAAUGUGAGGAAACCCAAGGCAGGCAAUGAGAUCGCCUUUACGGAUUACGGAUUUUGUCAUGAUGGGCCCGCCAUCCUCACAUUCUCGGGGUGGAACUCCGAUCACAGAGGAUACUCCUAUGUCACAUCCUAUUUGAUGCAGCACUAUCGAGUCAUCAACAUGUGCUUCCGGAGCCAUGGUCCGAAUCGAGAUUUCAAAGGUGAUUUCAGCUUCGAAGACCACGCACGAGACGCAAUCAGUCUCUUAGACUCCUUGGGGGUUACUACGUUUAUUUGUCUUGCUGCCUCUCACGGCAAUUGGGCCGCGAUGAGCCUGGCUGAGAUGGUAGGCUCAAAACGGAUGCUAGCACUUGUUAUCUUGGAUCAUCUCUCGCUGGAAGCGACUCCUCAAUUCUACGGGGCUUUGAAGGCUCUACAGGGAAAGGAGACCUGGCGCAAAACUACGAUUGCCUUUUUCAAAUCUUGGCUUGGUGGGGAAGUAAACGACAGCAUCCGUGAGCAGCUCCUGAAGACAAUCGGUGGAUUUGGAUACGAGACUUGGGCACUUUCUGGGAAAACUGUGGAAGCGGCCUACAAGACGUGGGGAACUCCUCUGAAACGUCUUGAGCGUCUCAAAGAUCCUCCGUUGGUGCACCAUGUGUACAGCCAGCCGAAAACCGAAGAGUACAGGAAUUUGCACGAGGAAUUUCGUAAGACGCAUUCAGAAUGGUUCACAUAUGUGCAAGCAAGGGGACAAACUCACUUUCCGCACAUUGAAGAUCCGGAGUUUGUCUACAAGGAGACAUUGGAGGUUAUUGAUCGGGCUAUAAAGAGACAAACAGCAUGA